AGACUAUAAGACAACAAAGAUGUUGUCUCUGUUGUUGUGUACAUUAAAUGAGUUGGCGUUACCCACAUUGAUCCUUGUAUGUGUAUGCUUCAUCUACGUCAAAUUCGCAUCGGUUAAUAGGUUGAUACGUAGCGGUCCAAAACAGAAUAUAUUGUUUGUAACGGCUCAUCCAGAUGAUGAGUGUAUGUUUUUUGCUCCAACGAUUCUGUCUACACUCAAAGAAGGGCAUAGCGUAUAUCUAGUAUGUCUGUCUAAGGGUGAUUACGACAACCAAGGCGAUGUACGGAAAAAGGAACUCAUAGCAAGUUGUUCACGACUAGGAGUGAUGCCAAAUCAUGUUACCAUAGUUGAUGACGAGCGAUUUAAGGACGGUCCAGAAAAUGAGUGGGAUAUUGACGGUCUUGUUGACCGGAUUGUGUCCGUUAUUAAAAGAAUAAAUGCUGAUAGUGUUAUAACGUUUGAUAGCUCUGGUGUUAGCGGACAUGCCAAUCAUAUAGCUUUAUCAAAGGCAGUUGUGAAAAUUCACAUGAGCAAAGAACUGAACACUGUGUCAUUUUUUAUGCUACAUAGCUCAAAUAUUGUUAGGAAAUAUAUGUCAUUUCUAGAUAUACCGGUCAGCAGUAUAUUUAAUUUGACAACAUUUGUAAGUUUACCCAGUGAGAUAGUCAAGUCAUGGAGGGCGAUGUCGGCACAUCAAAGUCAGAUGGUGUGGUUUAGAAAACUCUAUAUCGUAUUCUCACGUUACAUGUAUGUAAAUACUCUAACAGAGUUGACAUAAAAAUGGCAGCGAUACUUGAGGAAUAGAAUGAAAAAUACAGAGAGCAUUAUGUUGAAAACUUUAUAUGUUAUCGUAAAAGGAAUGAAGAUGAUUGUAUAAAUGUUUAAAUGUUCUAAUUUUAUUAUUUGAUUUCUAUAUUGAUUAUUCACCUGAUGUGCUGAUAUGAAAUAUGAUUGAUUGUAAACUGCAUUAAAUUUAUAAAAUGAAUCUACCCUGAUUAAAAUUUGGAAUUGAUAAAUAAGAAUAAAGGAGAUUUCAGUUUCAAAAUAGAAAGCAUGUCAACAUUAACACCAGUUCUGUCUGUUGACACCAGCUCAGUCUGUCUAUAUAAUGUGGCUGCAGUGGCUGAAAACUUGUGGUAUAAACAAGUAAUUAUCAUUAUCAGUUGGUACAUGUAUGUGUUUUCUUAAAGGCUUCUGAAUAAUCAACUUGAAAUGGUUUCAGAUUUUAAAAAGUCUUUGAUUAGUUUCUGAGGGAGGCGAGUGUUGUGUUAAGUGCACACUUACCUUUUUCUGUAUACCUCUUGACUUCUUGACAACUGUGUCACGUUGUUAAUUCUUCCACACAUUGGUCAAUAGCGUUUUGUUAAGUUGGUGGUUGAAAGUUUGAAUCCCAUGUUGGACAGGAUUUUUUCGCAUGCAUGAUUUAGCGCCUUUGUUUUACAAAUUUGAAAUGUUAAUAAGAAUAAGUAAACUGAUAUAUAAAGUUCAGUGAGGAAAGUUACUUUGUAUAUUUGGCAAUAUUUUUACUCAGGACCAUCACCAUGUUGUCAUUAAAUUAUUCCAACUUAUACUAUAUUCAAGGUUUUGUUUCUUGUAAAAAAUAAAAUUGUUUUAAUAAAGUUUUGUAAUACAUGUAUAUAACUCAUUUUGGUCACAUGAUAUUUAUUUCUUAUAUUAUUGGGAUAACAGUAUACAUGUACAUGUAAAGUGAAUACUGAGUAAAAACCAACAUUUUGCUCUUCAUGUAAGCAGUGUUUGAAUAAUUUUGCCUGCAGAUGCAAUGUUCUAUAAAUGCCCUAAAACCGAAGCAGAAAAUAACAGCAAUGUGAUGAACAAAUGUAUUUGUCAAUUAAUUAAAACUGCCUGUAUGUCCGUGCUAAUUUUUAUGAAAAUUUAGAAAAUGUCCUAAACAAAUGCAAUUUUACUAUUAUGUAGUGAUCAAAGUCAAAGCUAAGUCAUCAACUGUAUACAAAUAUUACCUAUGUGUGUUAAAGCAGCUGGCCUCCAGAUUCAUGUUAAUUUUCAUGAAAAUUUUGGAAAUGUGUUUAAAAGCAAAAUAUUGUGAGAUGAACAAAUAGAUCAAUUUACAUAUUGCAAUCAACACCUACAAUCCAAGAAAAUUACCAAAAUGUGGUCAACAUAUGCAAAAACAGCCUUUACUGUGUUAAUAACGCAGUAGAAAUAUGGUGAUAAGAUACUGUAAAAUCAGUCUGCAUAUAACAUGUAAAAUAUCACUUGGAUCUUAAAAUUUUUUAACCUUUCUUAAAAAUUUUAGUACAUUUUUCUCUCAAUAUUGAUUUUCUUGAAAUACUUUGGCUCAUCUGAAGGCGUGCAGCUGUAACAAUUGUAUAAAAUUUGGGUAAAAAGCUCUAAUUACAUGUAUGUUGCAUACAGGGUAGAAAUUGUGACUUCAGUUCAGUAUAUAUAUGUCAUAUGUAUUAUAAAUAUUCAUAUUUUUCUAAAAUUUUCUAAUGUUUGAUGUUUUUGUUUGUUUUUUUAACAUUUGUUCAUUGAUAAGUAAAGUAAAACUGACCAUUUGACUGUUGUGAUAAUAAUGAUGAGUGGUAUAUAGAUUGCUGGGUGUCAUUAAUUCAACCUUGUCAUACAGACAACAUCAUGUCUGUUUAUGUCAGAUGUCUGGUAAGAAAGUACACAAUCAUAUAGUGUAUACAUCAAAGUGAAUUUUAUGUAUCUGCCAAAUUUCUUCUAAAUGAGAGUUUACUAGAUAAUUAAAAAAUAUAGUGUAUCAAACAAGCACUGUGAAAUUGUUAAAGGUAAGAAAUCGGAACCACCCUAGGGAUGAUGUGUUUAUAAUAGAAAUCAUUAGUAACUGCUGAAUUUAUAUAACGAAUUUGUUCUACUUUGAAUUAUUGUAAAGUUAAUGGAUUUCAGAAUCAAAAUUAACUCGGACAGCAGAUGGUGUACAAAUACAAAAUGUGUCCAGAGACAAAUCAUUACUGCCCAAAGUGCUACAAGAGAGAUACAUUUAUAUAAAUUAAAGUUUGUUGUUAAUUUUACAUUCCUGGAUGUUCAGUCAGAAAAAUGGUUGUGGGUUUUCUUGUUGUCUUGUUCAUGUUUUUUUUUGUCAUUCAUAUUUGAUAAUUGAUGCAACUGAUAUUCUAGGUUUUGACAAUUAUUCAAUCCUAAUAAAUUUUCAAACAA